CGCGCGAUCGACUGACCGAAUUGAUGCCGAGAACAGCUCACAGCCAACAUAUACCUAUUUCGCCAUCCCUCCUGCGAAUCGCAACCAAACCCGCGAGAGCAGCUAGCAAGGGUAGCUCGCAAUCUGCUUCCGUAUGCAAGCGCCGUGAUACCUUCUACAUGUCACACCUAUAUAGGUAUACGGCGGUCUAUUAAUCUCGUGCGAUCCAAGAGUAGCCGCACCGCACCAUCAACGUCCCAUCACAUCUCAUCCCAUCCCCCAUGCACACUCGAGUGGUCCGCCGCGCCACUACCGCUGCUGUCGCCGCCGCGUCCGCCGCCGAAGCAACAGCAACAGCAGCGACACGGAGAGCGGCCGCGUUCUGGGCGUCGAGGAAGGCUCCCUCGCGUCAGACACCAGGACGCCGGACGCUGGCCUCCUCGGCAGCGCCCGCGAUGGCGCCGACGCCGUCGACGGCGCCCCAGGUCCGGUUCUCGGCUAACGCCGACGAGCCGGCCCUGAGGCGCGCCCUGGAGCCCCUGCUGGCGUCAGCCGGGCGCGGCGGGCGCUGGGUGCUGACCCCCGGCGGCGAGGGCCUCGAGAGGAGCUUCAGGUUCAAGACGUUCGCGAAGACGUGGGACUUCAUGACCGCGGUUUCGCUGCAGUGUAAACUGAAAAACCACCACCCAGAGUGGUCUAACGUCUACAACGUGGCGCACAUCCGGUGGACGACGCACGAGCCGCGGGGGCUGUCGGCCCUGGACGUCGCGCUGGCGGCGGCUUGCGACGGGCUCGCCGCGGACUUUGGCGAGGUCGCCGGCCCCGCGGACGAGGCCGGCGCGUCGCUGCAGCAGGCUACCGACCGCGCUGCCGCCGCCGCCGGUGGGGAGUGCUGCGUGCCGAGGAGGAAGUGAGGCGGGAAACGCGAAUGGCUGAGGCGUGCACGUACGUACGCCGCGGAGGUCUGAGCCUCCCGGCUGAUGGAUACACGCCAGCCGACUGGCUACCUAGGUAGGGUAGGUAGACUGACUGGCUCCAUAGCCAGGAGAUUUCCCCUCUCA